AUGGAUUCGGUUUCUAAACUAGGCGCGGCUCUUCACGAUGCAAUCGACUCGAACCAGUUCAACGCAGCUAAAGCAAUACUCGGCAAGAAUCCAUCUUGUGUUGACGAGCAAAAGGGUGGCUGGACACCACUCCACAGGGCAGCGAAUGGCGGUCAUGAAGCCUUAGCCGUGCUGCUUCUCGAGCACGGUGCAGCAGUCAACAUCACGACGCAAAACCGAAGCGCAUCACCGUUGCUGCUCGCCGCAAGCUGGGGCUGCACCUCCGUCCUUGCUCGUCUCAUCGAAUGGGGUGCCGAUGUCAACCAAGCUGCCAAUGAUCGGUGGAACAACGAGACAGCCUUGCAUCAAGCAGCGGCGCUGAAGGAGUCGGGUUCGCUCCACUUGCUGCUUCUCCGGGGGGCGGCCGCGAACCCCGUCAACGGCGGAGGAAUGACACCCCUAGAUGUUGCUGUGAAGUACUCGCAUUCUGCGAAUGCGACAAUCCUCAUCGAGUUCGGAGGACUACCGGGCACGAAACUUGAUCUGGUCACACCGUCUUGUCCACUUCGUGGGAUCAGGUCCAAGAUCCUUGAUCUGCAGAUGAAUGAUUUUGUUGGUCGGUCAGGUGAGGUUCACCUUGAUGUUGCGAUGGUCUGGGCUACUUCCAGAGGGAGCGUUCGGCUGCUGGAGUAUCUGCUUGAGAUCGACGAGCAUCUGUUGGAUGUCUGUGACGAGGAUGGCUGGGUUCCACUGCACCAUGCGGCAUGGAAAGGGAAUAUGCGUAUGACGGAAGCCCUCCUCAGUAGAUGCGCCCGCGCCAAUGUCUGUACGAAAACGCGACGCUGUACACCUCUGCAUCUUGCCGCACAAAGAGGACAUGCCCAUGUCGUUGAUCUGCUUCUUGUCCACGGUGCUGAGCCCAUGCUCCAGACGCGACAUGGCAGUAACGCUCGGAUGCUUGGUAUUCGGAGUGGACGUCUGUCUGUCCUUCGCAUCUUGGACAAACACGCCGAGCACCAGCGUCGGCUUGGUGCGCGCCCCAUCUUGCCCCAUCGCCCGGCUGAUGUCCAAGCGAACCGCAAAAAGCGUUUGGUUUCCAAUCAAGACUACCGAUUAUACGAGAAAGAUGACGACGACUCGUCCGAUGACGAAUGUGUAGAAGAUGGGUACGAGGGGCGUCUCUUUGGGAUCAUGCCGGACUUCGUGGAGCGGAGAACCUUCACCAGCCUUAUCACUGUCUUUAAAGACUGGUGCCAGCUCGCGAAACAAGAUACUGCGGUCAAGGUAGCUGUCAUUGACACGGGAUUCGACCUCGAGAACAGAGACUUGAACGACAGCAGAGUGGAAGAAUUCUUCCAAACCCCCCAGGGCGAUUUGGGAGCUCGGCUGGCCAAGGAUCAUGAGUUGACGCAAAUUUCCAGAGUAGUAGGAAAACUGAACCUAGCGCGAGCUAUCCAAAAGGGCGAGACAGACAUCCAGGACCUCGAUGGCCAUGGUACUCGCAUUGCGGGUAUCAUCCUCCGCCUCGCGCCGACGGCCCAACUAUACAUUGCCCGCGUCUGUGAUGGAGCGAGGCACUCGCAAGGGGAUACGUCGCCGACUCCUCGAAAUGUGAUAAAGGCAAUGGACUGGGCCAUUCAGCAAAGAGUCGAUUUCAUAAACCUGUCCCUUGGGUUCACCUCCCUAGACAAGCAACUCAGGGAUGCCGCUCGCCGUGUAAAAGACGCCGGCAUCGUCAUCUUCGCAUCCAUGUCGAACGACGGCAAUUACAUCGGCUUCCAGGAAUGGCCGGGAAAUGACUUCUCGGUGGCAAUUGGGAUAUCGUCAUGCAAACGGUUUGGCACGUACCCAUCCGAGUUCAGUCCACCGGCGAUUCCAGGCAACCCCAACUUUCUCGUUGCAGGCGAGGAAAUUGUUGCGCACAAACUGAGCCGUCUCUAUGGCCCAAAAGCCAAGGUCAGCGAUCGUUUCGAGCUAGCAACGGGCUCAUCCUACGCCACGGCCGUUGCGACAUCCAUGGGAGCACUCAUCGUUGGAUUCAUCAGGCAGAAGUCGUGUAAAGAGAUACGAAAGGAGACCCGCCUUGGCGGUCUUGACGUGAAGAAGCUACUGAAGGACCACAGAUGCAUGGCCAUGUUGCUGAAAGAAGUUGGGCGGCCCGUCAUGGACUACCACUGGAUCAGUCCUUCGCUUCUCUGGACCGAGUUUCAGCCUUCGAAGGAGGAACACGUUGGACGAGCAGCCCGGAAACAUGCCUGGAAUAUCAUUUCCAAGGCUUUAGAUGAAUAUCGGCACCGAGAUAAGGAGUAA